AUGAUUUUUGCUUAUCGUACGAUCGAAGCCCCUAUCAGAGAAGAGUCGAUGUCUCUUGCUCAUCAAAAUUAUGCGGUAGAAAUAUGGGAACAUGAAAAGUCUUCUUCAGCUGGUCUCAAAGUUAUCAACUGUGAUUUGUUGAUUUAUAGAGAAUUUAUUGCUUUAACUUGCGAAGACACAGAAAAGAACGCGAGAGCUUUUGUAACAAUUCAUUCGUUUUCAUUUUAUUCACGAUCUACAUGUUUGGUGGAGGGCCUGGUACUUGUGGGAGAAGAAGAAGAAGAAUGCCGGUUUUUGGCGCCGCAAUUAAAAAUUCCAAAACAUGUCAGCGAUAUGUUAAAGUAUCGAGUUUCGUUGAUGAUCAUUAGCUAA